GCGGGUGGUCUACUUCACUCCUGCAUGGAGGGAACUGAAAGCGUCUUCGGGGCUGGAGAAGAAACCCUAUAUGCCGAGGGUCUCCAAGAAGAUGUCGAGUUGCCCGACGCCAAAGCCCUACGCGCAGGCGGACCUCCGGCGGGGGACGCCGGCCCCUCGGCCCGACGCGUCGACGGGCGCGGGUCUCGUGCUAGAAAUCAGAGGCGGAGGGUGAACAAGAAGAAGAAUCGGAAAAAGAAGAACGGCGGCGCCGUCUCCAGCAUCACGGAUGCCGAUAGGUUUGUUAUAGACACGUGUAGGUGUUUGAAAGAGUGGAAAUCAUACUUGGUUUGGAAUGCGGUGGGUUGUCUUGGUGUUUCGGCUUUUAGCAAUCUUGGCAAAGAGGUUGAAACCAUUCAGAGCUGUGGAGGGCAGACGACUGCUGACACAAGGCACUUCUGCAUAGGUGGUGGAAUUUUAUGGAAUAUUCUGAAAACAUGUGAACCAAAUCUGUACAAAGAAAUCAUGGCAAAGGGGAGGGAAUCGAGAAGCAAUUCAUGCAAACAAACAGUCAACAGAUGAGGCAGGGGUGAAAUAUCUACUUCUCUGAGUACAAAUGCAUCUGGCAAGGUAGCAAAGAAGUUGGACGGUUCUGAGCAAGUGGCAGAUGUUCAUCAUCGGCUCAAAUCAUCUGAUCCAAUGACAGGCUGCAAAUCAGUGCUGGGUAGGAUGAGAGUGCUGGUUGCUUUCGAUGAUCUGUUUGAAGAGGGGGAGAUAUAUGUGAAUCUGCUUGAUUUUUUUAUGAAGUUGGAUCGGACCCAUAAAAAGUAGAGGAUUGCUCAACUUUUUCAAACAGACGUACUACAGGCGGUUUUUCAGUGGAGGCGGCGGGAAAUUAUUUCUGUUUUUUGAUGCAUGGAACGCAUUACUUAGAUCGAAUGCCUUGAUGAAAUUGACCUUGCUGAAUGUUGAUAUCAACCAUUGUGGGCAUGUUAGCUUGUCCAAGCUCCAGCUGGUACAGAUCCAGCUACUUCAUAUAUCUGUAACAUGUUAUGUGACACUGAAAAACAAAAGUUUUACAUCAAAGUCUGACACUCUCGAGUUCUUUUGGAGGGAAUCCUGGAAAUCAUGUCGAGGACAACAGGUUCGGGGACAGCUUCUAAUGAUGAAUUGAUCCCAGACAUGCUACGAAGAAAUCAAACUAUUCCAGACUCCAGGACUGGAAAUUAUUUAGAUGACCAUGAUUUGAGCCAGCUUAGUUCACAGAUGGAAUAUUAACUGGUGAACUGAAAAUGAAAGUAAUUUUUUUCAGCCUGACUAGGAGCGUUAAUUGAAACAUAAUUUCUUCUUUCUUUUCAAAUUCAAUUAGCCUAAAUGCUAGAUUUCCAUAGUCUAGUUAGUUGUCCCUGUUAUAGUAAUGCAACCAAGCUGAUCUUGUGGGAGCUCAUCUAAGUUCGGUAUCUUAUUAUUAUUAUUAUUGGGUAAAACAAGUGGUGAACAUUCAUAAUCCGCAUACCAUGUGCUUUGGAUGGACCGGGCUUAAAUUCCCAUCCUUACCCCUCAAAGUCUCUUCUCGGGUCACCACCAUUUGAGGAGUGGGCUUGCUGUGGGGAGCAGUUGAUGAUGCUGCCAGAAAAUGGUGGAAACAUCGCUGCCAAUGAGGAGAAGAGGACGAACCCCCUUCUCAAUCGCAAUGAUUUCCAGCACAUCGACACCAAAGGGCUUAUUAUAGAUGUUUGUUUUCUGGGCCUUCUUCAGACCAACAGGAGAUGUUCUGCUCUUUUGAGAUGAAGCGGAGUCUUAUUUGGAGUGCAUUUUGCUGAUUUUCUUGUGGGCUAUGCAGUAUUUUUGAUCUAUUCCAUCUUCCACCAAGCCUGGUUUCCCUGGCAACUGGCCAGGAACAAUUUUACUUGCCCUGAUCUUUAGAUUCUUUUGCAAGUAAUCUCAAUUGCAUGGGCCAAAUGUUUAUUUUCAGAACUAUAUCGAUAUGACAGCUCCAGUAACACGUUGGUUUAUACUUUAGGAUAGAGAUAUGGUGGGACGGACAUGUUCAGAUUCAUGUUAGAAGUUAUCAUGGAGCUCAAAGGAAAGAUACUAACAUGAUUACCAACUUCGACCAUUCACGGGAAACCAAUGAAUUUGAAAACCUAGUUUGGUCUGUAGAUUGGUGGAAAAUUACUAUCAUCUGGUAAGCUGACUUUUGGAAAGUAUGAAUUGUUCCAAGGAAUUUAACCUACAACCUCAACUUAGAUUGGUUGAGAGGGCAAGCUAUUUAUAAAGCACCUGAGAGUACCAGUAUGUGAUAAUAUUGUAGGUCUCUAUGAAUGUAUCAUGAACCAUCAAAGUAAAUGGAACCCAUAGGGUGAUUCUGUGAAGCAAAGAAUCGAAGGCCUCAAAGUUUCUACGAGUAAUGAAAUUUGUUCAGACGAGGAUAAAGGAAGACACCCACUUAAAUCAAGCUAGGGAGAGAAUAAGAAGGUCAUGUUUGCACCUCACAAGGCUUAGGAUGACUCUUAGUUCUUGAGGAUGAAAAAGUGACAGAGAGAUGGCAACAGGUUAGGUAUGGAUUGGGUAGGCCAUUGCACGCACUAGCCCUGUACUUGCCUCAGAAUGAGGCAAGGUGAGUUAGACGGGGGCAGCUCGGAUAGAUCAGGUUGGGAAAGCUAAAAAAUCAAUUUUUUGCAUGCAAAUUUUUUUUUUUUUUUGUUGCCUCAAAGAAGUGGUUUGUGAAGAGCUAUAUAUAUCCGGGCCGGGUUCAGGGCGGAUUUUACCAUAACCUAUACUUCACCAGGAUCUAUUGCAGGUUGGGUCACCCCACCCUGAUGGGUCGAGUAAAUUCCAUCCCUUUAAGAGUGAAUGGUGGUGACUGGACAUUUAAAAUAAGAAGCAUGUUGAAAACCGCCCCAAAAAGGGUGAAUUGAUGACUUAAUUGCCCCACAUGACAUAUAGGCAAUGAAAAAUCUUAUAGAUUGGUCUUACUAAAAAGAAUUUUUUCUUGACUUUAAAAAUUUUUAUAACCAGUCUUGGACAAUAAUGGCCAUCACUUAUAAAUGUUAAUGGAUGAGUGCUGCAUCUACUUUGGUCUAGUAACAGUAUUGUAUCCUUAGCCUCUAGCUUUCCUAUCUUCUAAAGUUUUAUUAGGAAUCAUUCUUGAAUUGGCAAUGACUAGUAGCCAGUCACUGAUUAUUAUCAAGCCGUCUGAAAUGCCUCGAUAUUGAUGCUGCAACUGUGCUGAGAAGAAACAUUUGGACUGAUCUGAACUCUAUCAUUUCCAGAAAGAUCAUCAGAAGAUAAUUGUACAUGUACUGGGGGAUGGGAAUGCAUUUCAGGGUCAAUACGUUGGCAGAUUCGGUUUCUGUUGUAGAAAUAUUUGUGCAGGUCAUACAAGAUUGAGCUUUGUCCUAUCAGCUUUUUAUGUAUUCCAGGAUCAUAAAGCUUACCUACUGCAUGGAAAACCUUAUCAUUAUUUAGCUUUUUAUUGUUAAUGUUCUGUUGGUGUGCAGGAUAAGACUAUAGAGCUUCAAUACGUUUGCUAGCUAAGCUGACUAAUGUAAAUCUCUUUAUUCAUAUCCUAAGUCAGAGUAGUCCUCUUUCCAGAAGUUUCUGCGACUAAUGAGGGCCUUUUUGUAUAUGGCUACCAUUCCCUUGAACAACACUUCUGGAUUUCCGGUGGAGCUCUACGUAUGUUGGAUUUGUUUUAAUUCCAUGUUUUAGCAUUAUUUGUUCUGCUUCCUUUAAAUUCCUGUUCAGGUUGAUAUGGAUCUUUGAUGGGAGGUAUUAGUGGUGAAAUAUCUAUUAGUGGAGAAAUGUCUGACAGGUUUGGGGAUUUCAUUGAUUAUUUUUUUCUUUUCUUCUUUUUGUCUAUGCAUGGGAUUUUUUGGUUUGAUAUGUUUUCUAGCAGCUGCUAGACAAGUGCCAAUCCAGAUCACAAAUGAAUGCAGAUAUGCUGCUUUCUUUUAGACUGCUGUGCAUUGGAGUUGGAAAUGCAGCCUUUUUUUUUUUCAUACUUUAGUUUAUGCAAGUGUCUCUAAGUGUUGUUUUGAUGAUGCGGACUUAUUCAAAGACUCAAAUUGACGUGGCAUCUCUUAUGUUGAACAGAAUGGGGGUUCCACAACUUGUAAUUAAGUUGGGGGAGAAUAUCCUGGGGCUGUGAAGAUGGUUGAGAAAGUUAAGAGGAAGAAAAGAGGAAGUCGUUUGUUUCUAAAACUUUAGCAUAUUAAGUUGCUUCCGGUCAAUCUUCUUUUCUUAGUUCUGAUUAAUAUUACAUGCAUGUCCGAAUUGGUGUCUUCACAUGGAUUGCUCAAUGAGUGGUCUUGGUUAUGCUUUUGUUGCAUUCUAAGGCUUUCAAUUAGCAUAGAUAUUGUCCUGGUGAGCCCUUUGACAUGGAUAAUGAUAAUAUAUAAUAAUUAUCCCGUAUAAUUAGUUUUAUUAUGCGUCUUGCACUUAGUCAAAGGCUUCAUGUGUUUAAUGAAGUAAAAAUUAUGAUCUUGAUUGUCUCAUGUAUGAUGUUGCGUGAAACUGCUGUUGGUUAGUUUUUGGCUAGCAGAAAUGAUAUAGAGAGAAAAAUAUAAGCGUUUAUCAAGAUAGUCAUAGUGAACAUUCUUGUUUGAUGCUUCAUUUGGUCAUCUAAGUGUAAUUUAUUGAGAUGGUUCAGGGUUCAUAGAAAAUAGAAAAUGACAUAGGAAUUCCAAAUUUCAUUGUUGGUUUUGUAGUUUCUCUGCUUUGUUAUUCUAUGUGGAUGUGGUACUCUAGAUAGGAUAAAAGUGGCUAUACUCUUUGGAUGUGUUGCUGUACUAAUCGGUUAUAUUUUUUAAGCUGCAUUUAGGUUAAAAGCAUUCCUCCUGAUCAGGUAACAACCACUGUAUCGGGUUUUCUUAUGUGUACCGGUUCAAGGCGUAAAAGCUUUCCAGAAUGGUGCUCCAUAGGUGCAAAGCUACUAAAAAAUCGCUCCACCAUAGGAGAUUCUGUGCACGGUUAAGUGCCCCUUUUCAUCUGAUGUAGCGUAGCUUGGAAGGCAAUAUGGUUCAGCGAUGGGAUGUCAUCUAAUUCUUGGUGGGGUAUAUCAAAUUCUGUGGGUGAUAGCUAUCCUGUGCCCAAGCACAUUGUAAGAUACUUUUGCCUAUACAGUUAGAUGAUCCAGAAUGUUAAUAAUUAUAGAAUUACUUGUUUCAACA